AUGAAUUCAGCAGCAAUGAUGCGAUUACGCCGUUAUGGCUGUACUGUGGACUCCAUGCUUGCCAUUCCUACUUCUGAGUUAGAAAAAUUACUAUGUCCAGUGAGAUUUUACAAGCGAAAAGCUGUUUACAUCCAAAAGGCGGCAGCUAUAUUGAAAGAGAAAUAUAAUGGCGAUGUACCGGAUUCUUUUGAAGAUCUGUGCUCACUUCCUGGAGUGGGGCCAAAGAUGGCUCAUUUGGUCCUGCAGGUUGCAUAUAACAAGGUCGAUGGUAUUGCUGUAGAUGUGCAUGUGCACAGGAUCGUGAAUAGACUAGGUUGGAUGAAUACAGAUACGCCAGAGAGAACGCGUGCAAAACUGGAAGAAAUGUUACCAAGGUGGGAAUCUUUAGGCAAUAAUUUUCCGUGCGUUCUAAGUGUUAAGCACUGGCUAGAAUCCGGUGCACCAUCAGUUGAUGAGACCUUAUAA